GGAAGGAAUAAAAACAGGAGGUGAACAAGAGGACAUGAGGUGACUCAGCUGAUCUUCCUCUCAGUCACCCGCGAGACAUCAGAGGGAGAGGACGCAACCCGCUGCUCUUCUCCUCCUCUCCCUUCCCCUGCCUUCAGCCCCACGUGGGUACUCAAGCCCUGUCGCCCUCUGCCAGCCCCCUGCCGGCUCCUGGGGGCGUGGGGAGCUCAUGUGGGCGUGUGUGCAUUAGGCAGUGAGAUAAUUAGAGCUAGCUUACUUUUCUAGUGAGCUAAACAUACGUAUGGUGUAAAUAACUACUUAAACUACCACUACUACUACCACUACUACUACUACUACUACUACUACUACUACUACUACUACUACUACUACUACUAUUUAUAAGUGAUGACGUCAGCAGGUGUCAUGGCGGCCGCAGUGUUGCCAAUUCUCCUCCUCCUGUGUACCAGCGCGGCGGCAACAACGGAGCACUCUGAAUCCAUGCAAGAGUUAGAGGCGACAGGUGUGGUGGAGGACGCGAGACUCAUGGACGAGGAACCACUGUUAGUCCUCCCAGCAGCCGCCCGAGCAGUGCAGUGGGUGAUAGGACAGAGGAAGCCGGACUGGGGAUGGGGAACUGAUACUGCACACACGGUUCUUGCCUUACGUCUCGCCAAUGCUACGUGGUUCGCUCCCAGCCAACUAGAGAGCCAGCUGGCGGUGAAGCAGUUGGAGUUGGAACUGGUGCUGAGACUGUGGAAGAAAGGGCGGCACGAGCUUCCGGUGACACAGGGUCAUCUGGCGGUCAACGUGAUGGCACUAGUGGCACUGUGUCGCGAUCCAAGGUCAUUCUACUCCAAGGACCUCGUUUCAAUGUUAGGUCACCAGGCAGGUCAAGUGGACUUCGAGGUGGCGUACACACAGCUGGCCACGUGCACAGCUGGCCAGCACGUGAGGAAAGCCAAAGUACGGCGCCUGGUGGAUAUGAUAUCUGCGCACGGCAAGAUCCACUCUCUAGACACCCUCUCCGUGGUGAUCAUGGCGCUACGGUGCAUCCAACACCAGCGUAGACAUGACUUGCAUAGAUACUUGGACACCGCUCUCCACUCCCUUCUGAAGCAGCAACAGCCUGAUGGGUCCUUCGCCGGUAACCUACACACUACCGCUCUGGCCCUGCAGGCGAUGCUCUCCAGCCAGCUAGCGGGGUCUUGGAAUGCUACAAGAGCCCAGCAGUUUGUCUUGUCCCACCAGCGCCCAGACGGUUCCUUUGGCAGCCUGUUUGACACCAUUGCCGUGCUCCCUCUCCUUGGCGGCCGCACCCUCCUGGACGUGGCGCUGCGCAGGUGUCCCAGUGUGGAGGGGGACACGGUAGACUCCCAUGAUGCACCUGUGGACGGCUUUGACCUGCCUGAUGACACGCCCCCAGUUCCCACGGGUCUUCCUCCCCAGCUGGACCCCGCCAACACCACGGAAGAGCCCCAGAUCCAGGUGACUUACGUGAUCUGGAAAGGUAACAACGCCUCUCUGAACUACAACCUUACCUUAAAUGUGGCGCCAAACACAACUUUCCUGGAGGUUAUGAAGACUGCAGCUGAGAUGGACGAGAGAUAUGUGUUCUCCGCCUCGCACUGGGGUAACGGGCUGUACAUUCACACACUAGCAGGAGCGAAGGAGCAGAAACUGGGCUACUGGUACUGGCUGCUCUUCAGAUUAUCGGACCCACCUGUUCCUGGCACGAAACCUGACAACAAGUAUAUAGUUGGGACAGGUGUGCAGGAAACCAUUGUGCACGACGGGGACAUCAUGCUCUUCUGGUUCCAUCAAAUAUAAAUGCUCAUAACACCACCACCACCACUGCUGCCACUGCUACUACUACUACUACUACUACUACUACUACUACUACUAUACUACUGACACUACUACUACUACUGGCUCUACUACUACUACUACUGCUGC